AUGUCAUCUGAUUCACGCUACACCAGUUGGGUGUGGGAUCAUUUUCUGAAACCCACACCUGAUGAUCCCGGGCGAGCGGAGUGUAAAUUGUGCAUCAAGAAAAUUGUUUACAAGGGGUCACCGUCGGCGCUCAGCAAGCACUUGACCGGGGUGCAUAAACUCCUGAGACCGACGCAAGUCGGAAAUGACGGCAGGGAGGAUUUUGUUGACACGCCAGACGACGAGGCAGGCACGAGCCGCGGCCGUCAACACGAUGGUGAGGGCCAUGGUGGCGAGCACAGCGGCCACGUCCAGGGCCCCGCGCCCAAGCGCCCCCGUGUCGCUGAGCGGCCACUGAGCCAGGAACGGCAAGAGGCGGUGAGCCAGGCCAUCGCGAUGUUGAUCGCGACGUGCCAGCUGCCCAUCUCAAUUGUGGACACGGAGGGUUUCACCGCGUUCAUGAAGGUCCUUGAGCCAGCCUACAAAGUCCUCUGUGCAGAGACGACAAGGAAGCGGAUUCAUGCCCUCUACGCCCAGGUCCGCGACGACGUGCAGGCAGCCCUGAGGGGGCUGGACGCCGUCUCCCUGACCACCGACUGUUGGACGUCGCGCGCCCUGGACUCCUACAUGUCCCUCACAGCGCACGCCAUCACCAAAGCCUGGCGGCUGUGCCGCUACACCCUGUGCACGGAGGGCUUGGAGGAGAGCCACUCGGGGGACAACCUGGCGAUGGCCCUCCUCGACAUGUGCCACGCUUGGGACCUGGAAGGCCGGACGACGAGCGUCACCAGGGACAAUGCGUCCAAUAUCGUCAACGCCGUCGACAACUUGCUGGACUUCGGCGUGGAGUUUAACGUGUCGUGCGCCGCCCACACCCUCCAGCUCUGCGUUGACGACGCCUUGAAGACCAACCAGGUGUUCAAGGCCGCCUGCAAGAAGGCCAAGCGGGUGGUGGCACACUUCCACCACUCCACGAAGGCCACCACGGCGCUCGAAAGGGCGCAGUCGACGGCGGGCGUGAAAGAGGUGAAGCUGGUGCAGUCUUGUGCGACGCGCUGGGACUCUACCUACUUUAUGUGCAAGAGUUUGGUGGAGUCCCGCACCCACGUGCGCGCCGUGCUCGCCGACCGUGCCGUGACCACAGUGAAGCAGUCCAAGGCCCUGUUGAUGACGACGGAAGAGUGGGAUGAGCUGGAGGCGAUGCUGCCCGUCCUCAAGCCACUGCAGGUCGCCACCACCGUGCUGUGUGCCGAAGACAAGGUCACCAUUUCGACGGUGAGGCCCAUCGUGCGGUCCCUGCUCGACGUGCACUAUAAGUUGGACGACGACCUGGACCUAGACCCGACCCCCGGGGAUGAGCGCCUGCGCGCCUUCAAGCUGGAAGUCAGCAGCAGCCUCAGGAAGCGCUUCCAGAUGGACGCUGCCCCGGAGCGCGCCGUCCUGGUCCAGCAGGUCGCCUCGCUGCUCGACCCGCGCCACAAGAACCUGGCCGCCGAGCCGAGUGCUGCCGAGGCAGACAAGGCCCGCGACUUCGUCCGACAGAAGCUGCAGGCGGAGGCAGGGGUUGCCAUGUUCAAUCAGGACGCCGAGGACGAGGGCGACACGCCAGCCGCAACCAACGGCCUCGACUUCCUGUUCGGCGGGGCGUCUGCGGAGGCUGAGGGCCCUCGUACUCGUACGUGGCAGGCGGAGUACGAGGCGUACUUGGCGGAGCCUCAGAUCGGCCACAACCAGUGCCCGCUGACCUGGUGGAAGAGUCAUGAGAGGAUGUACCCGACCCUGGCUCGACUGGCCCGCCGUUACCUUGCAGUCCCUGCCUCGUCCGCGAGCAGCGAGAGGGAUUUCUCCACUGCUGGCAACACAGUGCGGCCCAACCGCUCUUCUCUUCUCCCAGAGAAUGUGUCCGUGUUGGUGUUCCUCUACCAGAAUAGAAAAGUUCUUUUGAAAAACCUAUCUCUCUUCUGA